AUGACAACAGAAUCAGAACAUCCUGUCAGAAACCUGCUCUCCCGCAUGCUGGCUGCGCUGAAUGCGGCAGAACAUCUGACAACAGAUGCAGAACGACGUCGCUUCCUGAACGAGUGGCUGAAUACCGCCUGCCAGGAUUCCGGUCUGCAUGAUGAAAUCACCUCCCUGCGACAACUGUUACGCAAAAACCACACCAUGCCAAUUGGCAACCUGUUGAAUGCUCUGCUGGUCAAUGCCGGACGUGCCGGGAACUGUGACAUUUUCCGCUUCCGGGCAGCCCUCAGUAAUCUGAUGAAACAGGGCUGGCGCCCUGGCAUCUGCCGUUUCCCGGAUGACAUUCUCCAUGAAGCCCUGCUGCGUUCCCGCUCAUCAGGCAGAAGAAAUCACAUUCUUCAACUCUCCGCGACGGAGAACUGCUUCAGCAGCACUGGCGACAUGGUGGCCCCGGUGGCGUUCCACCUGAUUCAACAACAACAGAAGGACAGCUUCGCGGCAGAACAGGCUUUUUACGCAGAAAACUUUCAGGUCAUGUCGGGAAAAGAAAAUCUGCUGGAGAAGGGGAUUUCCGUGCGAACGAUUUAUAUCGGCCAGGACACGCUUCCCUCUUCAAAAUGGGGGGCCAGGCAUAAAGUUCAUCCAUCUGAAACCACGAUCGGAACAACACUGACAUCCUCCGGUAAAAAGAAUUACCUUCCGGUGUAUUUGUCAGAAAUGAAAAAAUCCCGUGAAGCCAGAAUGUCACUGAGGAAGAAACAGCAGAAAAGAUAA